AUGGCGCCGAAACCCAAUCCACCGCCGAAAGAGGACACGUGGGCGUUCCAACCGAUUGGUUCGCCGUUCCCACCUAGUCCAGUCAAAUGUAUGGGGGAGCAGAAUAUGUAUGUGGCCUUGUGGUACAAACACGGAAAGCCAAUUCAUGGUCGCUCGUGGAACAACGGAGGAGUCGUCGAGUGUUCGUUCCCGUACAAGGAGGCUGAACUGACCACCAAGCAACAAUUGGAGGGACAGAUUCAGGUGCUUCAGUACGUUGGAGACCACAACAGCCAAGGUUUCUGGUACGAAUGGAUCAAGUACAAGGAUCGCAUUGAGAAGCUCGACGACAAGCAUCAGCUCGUCCGUUGUGGAGACUCUUUCCCAAUCUUCUGGAAGAGAAAGGAAGGAAAUCUUCUCGGCUACGUUGACAACAAAACCGAGGAGGCUUGGUUCUCAUACAAUGGAAAAGUUAUCAAGCAGAUGGGACCACAGCUCAAUGAGAUGUUCAUCAUCACUCGUAACUGCAUUGGUGGACCACCACACUGCGAAUGUGACAACUGUCCGAAGCCACCGCCACCACCACCAAUCCCACCACCGGGUCCACCACCACCACGUGUCAUGCACGACGAAUGGAUCGAUAUUCGCGAGGGAGAUCCGUUCCCCACUCGCAAGUUGGUUCAGGCGUUGGACAAGACUUUGGAUACGCUUCCUGGCGUCAAUCCGGAUCAAUAUGUCGCUCUGUGGUACAUGCAAGGAGAACCGGUUAUGGGUCGUGUCUGGAACGAGAAUGGAAAGGUUGCUGCCAACUUCUCCUGGUUCAACAAAGAAUACAGCAAGAACGUUGGUUCGAUGCAAUUGCUGGUCCGCCUUGGACCCCAUGUCGUUGGAUACGAAUACGGAUGGAUUCCAUUCCCAGAAGCAGCCACAUUCGAGGAAGGAAAGACCUGGAAGCCAGUGCACGUGAACAAUCACAAGGGAGACAUCUCCGUUGGAGUCGUCAAUCUUGCUGGUGGAAAACAGAUCCUGGCCAAGGUUGAUGUUCGUAACGAAUCGUACGGAUACGGAUACGGUGGAAAGGAAGUGUCUGCCCGUGGUCCGGCAUGUGCAUCGAGUGUCACUGUGCUCUGUCGCAAGGCUCUGCCAGGAUACAAGCUCGAUGGAUAG